UUCAGUAGGUGGCGGUAAUGCUCCUAUGAAGUGAAAGGCCAAACAACUGAAAGAAGAAGAAGAAGAAAGUCAGCCGGGGUCCUUGUAGCACUAGUUAGCCGUUUGGCUAGUAGCCAUGUGGGGCUGGGUGUCCUGUGGUGGUAGCUCUUUCUCUCAAAAUAUAUGGUUAUAUGGUUAUAGUAUUACACUUUAGAACGGUUUGCCCGAUGGAAUAAAUUCAGGACCAUUAUGUAUUUGUUUGGCUGUGCGCAUUAAAGAUCCAGAAGAUCCUAACUGCUACAAACAACAGAGAUCCAGAAGCAGCAGAAAUAAACACUAUCGGAGAUAUUGAGGCUGGAGGAAAUGCUGGAGAGUAAAAGAGAGACAGUCAUGAAUGUACAGUGUGUUUGGUGUUGAAGAAAUUACAAUGUCUGUGAGAGAAGAAGAUGUUGUCACUCUACACACUGGUGUUAAGACAAAUCAUCGAGACCGAAUUAGAUGGUAUUAUAAAGACAUUCGCAUCGCUCAGAUCACUGGAGAUCUCAUUAAGACCUGUAAAGACGUUCAGUGUAAAGAGAGAUUCAGAGACAGACUGAAGCUGGACAAUCAGACUGGAUCUCUGACCAUCACAAGUAUGAUAACCUCUGAUGCUGGACUUUAUAAACUGAAGAUUUUAGGCAACCCCAGCAGUGAAAAGAUCUUCAAUGUUACUGUUCAUGAUCAAAUAAAGACAGUGCCAGUGAUGGAGAGGGAAACAGUGACUUUAUGUACUGGUGUAGAAAAUCAAGAUGAUGUGACGAUAUGUCGUUUUAAUGAUACUUUCAUCGCUGGAAUCAAUGGAUAUCCAAAUAAGAUCUGUACAGAUGUACAGGGUAGUGAUGAGGGAUUCAGAGCCAGACUGAAACUGGACAAUCAAACUGGAUCACUGAUCAUCACAAACACCAGAUGCACAGAUUCUGGACUUUAUAAACUACAGAUCAACAGCAGCAGCUGCAGUAUUAUGAGGAGCUUCAAUGUUAUUGUCAAUGAUUCACAUUUAGAAACUCCAGCAAUGGAUCUAAUUGUACGUAGGUUAACAGUUUUUGGUGCAGUCAUACUGGUGCUGACCGUGGCUGUUGCGUUUGGAGUGAAACACUGUUCCACUGUCAGAAGAAGAAGUCAUUUAAAGAAGAUAAACAUGAAUUUGCUGUGAGGAACAUUAUUUUAACCUCUAAGGUGAAUCUAAUCUAGUCAUUCAUGACCACAAAUGUAGCUCGCACAGAAUAUUUCAAAUAGUAUUUGCUAUAAAUCACAGAGGUUUUUAUUUUUUUAAGACCAUUACUGAUCUUACUUUUGAUUAAAAAAAAAAAAAAAAUUGUGUGACUUUACUAGACCAUGUCAUUUAAGUGUUUAACAGUAAUGACAGAUUGGGUCAACAACUUUCAGCCCAAAAAUUCACCUAAACUGUCCCAAAAAUCUGUAUUGUAUUAUAUUGUAUGCAAUAAAGAUUUAUACGAA